UGUUCCUGCAGAGUCUGGAUCUGUGGUUGUGGGCCACCUGCUGCCCCCCUGUUCCUGCUCGACAACUGCUGCUACAAUUGUUGUUAUUGGUCUUAUUAUUAUUAUUAAUUUAAUUUUGCAGGUCAAGAAAGUCGCAGUUUGUCGGAAAGUAGGUCACGACUUUCUCUCUCCACAAGCUUCCCAGAGUCGCUGCAGAUACGAUGCCUGUGUUUCAGACAUGGAUGUAUAAAGUACCAGAUUCAGUCUUUCGCUUCCCGGCUGAUAAAAUGAGUCGCUGGAUAAAACACAUCAGGUAAGCUAACGUUACAGGGGGCGGCCAUGUUGUGUUGGUGACGUAUGUUGUGCGAGCGACUGCUGCAGGAAUAGGAAGAGGGUCCCUGACGGCUGCAGGAAUAGGAAGAGGGUCCCUGACGGCUGCAGGAAGGGGGUCCCGGACUGCUGAGGACACAUCUGGAGAGGAUCUGGAUGCUACACGGAGGGAAGGAGCUGCACCAAGUGGGUCUGGGUUGUUGACAGGACGAGUGGGAGCACUUCGGGUGGACGCUGUAAACAGUUUACAACCGCCAUAAAACUCAACAGAAGAAGUUAGAGGCGACUCGUGUUUAACUUUCCUGUCUGUCUCAACACCUGAACAAACUCCUCCAUGUCGACACAAGCGUACCUGCUGCAGAGACGUCACAGUCUGGCGGGACCGGAGCCGGCCGGGCGGGCAACAGACCGCGAGCUGGUGUCUGUCCAUCAGGAAACUCCGUAACUCACCGAGAACUGAGGCAGAGCAGCUGGAGGACAUCAGAGGGAAAACCAGAAAAUAUUUUCCCCCCAAAAAAAAGAUCAAGUUUCACCAAAAUUAGUGAAUAACGUUGUUGUGUUUUUGUACAGUAAUCAGUGAGGCCCGCCCCGCUCCGGCGUCUGUCGUUUUUCCAACCUAAUUCUUGUCUUAUUUGUGGUCUGAUCAACAGUAAAGUCGUUAAAUUACGUGCCCAUAUCGCUACUUUAACCCAAACCAUUGAACAAUGUUGUGAAGUUGUGUUUUACAGUAAUGCCUGCUAGCAAAACCGACACGGAGAAGACCAACUUCCGCUGCUGAGGUCACGUGAUUUCUGGGAAGGUUCUCUUGUGGAGAGCCGCCAUUUUGUGUCUGCAGCUAGGUACUCUUGCACUUUGUUGGAGAUCAGGCGGCGGCAGCACUGACAUCCUGCUGGAUCCACCUGGAUCCACCUGCAGUCUGCAGACCUGUUCGGAUAAUUAUGGCUGAAGAAAUCUACGCGUUCUUGAUCGCUGAUGAAGUUGAAGCGACCCCCCCUACUUUUCCAUGAAGAUGGACAAUAAACAAAAAUAAUUCAUCGACUUUUCACAGCGGUCUAAGUUUGUCGUAUUUGUCUUCGCUGCCGCUGUUUUAACUGAGGAGAGACUCAGAGAAAGCCUGGAGGCCAUUUAUUGAAUAAUUACUAUCGCACUGCGUACUAAAUGAACGAUUAAAGAGUAACUAAACCCCAAAACCAUGUUUAUGGGUAUUUAGUGGUGUUGUUGAUGGAUUCGGGUCCAAAUCUUGACAUUUUAGUGCAGAGUACUUAACUUCCACAGAUUGUGUUGUGAAUGAGCACAGCGACUGUCCUCUGCUGGUUGAAACCCGGCUGUUGAAAUUGGAUUUCGCUGUUGGCUGGUCUGAAGGCAGGUGACGUGUUUGGUGGCAGCUUUCGUCACCAACCAACACCUCUUUUUUGCGAUACAUAUGUCAGCAUGUCAUCUGAUUACAUUUCUGUGCUCCCUUUUGAUUAACGAAACUGUAGGAUUUAUGAAUGAAGUUUGGCAUUCGGUUUUCUUUUCAGGACGUCGGCAGCUCUGGUCCCGGCAGUCUGCCUGGUGACGAUUUGUUAAAUGAGCCUCAAGAAUGGCGACCAGUUGACUUUACCUAAUAGACGCUCCUUUAGUACAUAUUGAAUUUACUUAUCGAAAUCUCAAAAUAUGUCUUAUUUGCUCAUGCAAUGAGCAUUUUUUUAUUUAAGGGGGAAAAGGAGGAGAGGUGUUCAGUGAUCCUCAGCUCCAGUUUGCAGGAAUCGAACAAACGGAUGCCAAAGAGCAGCGGUGGUCUGCAGCCAUAGAGACAUACAGUACCAGCAGUCCUGACUCUGGGCUGCGGCACCCGAUCGCAGAGUCACCAGACCGAGACAAUCAAACCACAGUACAGUCAGCGAGAGCAGAUGAAUCUGAUGAAAUAAAAUCAGCAUCUCAAACGUUUUCAUCUUCUUCAGGAAGAACAAAUGCUGCCGGACCUUUUUACAGACGGCAGCGAACACGCCAAAGUGUUCGACUGUUCUGAGGAUCAACGUCAGUAACACUAACUGUCUCCUUCUGAAAUCUGCUGAAACCGGAGGCCAGACGAGGCUCAUCUGCUAUGCUGAUGACACCAGGUGGAGGCAGGGCAACCCCCUCCUCACCAGGGAGGCGGCCCAGGUCCUCAUCCAGGUUUGUCAUCUCCCUUCUGGACUUCGCUGCCUGCCAUCAGACCUCUGCAGAUAAUCCAGAAUGCUGCUGCUGCUUUGCAACCUUCCCAGGUUUGCCCACACCUCCGUUCACUAAACUGGCUUCCUGCUGCUUCCUGUUGCUGGUGCACAGGCACUCUGGACCAUUGCUACACCAUUUUAAAGGCCGUCCCCCUGCAGCUUCGGGACUCUGAUCACCGUCUGGUUCAUCUUCUCCCGAAUUACAGGAACAAACUCUAAUCUGCUAAACUGUGGUGAAGACUGUGCGGAGACGGACCGGUGGCCUGAGGCCUGCUUUGACUGCAGCGUUUCUGAAGCUGCUGCUACAGACCUGGAUGAACUCACCGACACCUCGACAUCCUACUGUACAUCAGCUGUUGUGAGGACGCGUGUGCCGACUAAAACUCGCAGGAGGCGGCCUACAGAAGUGGAGACAGAAUCCUCUACGACCUGGCCUGCAGGACCCCAGCAGCUACAGGAACAACCCCGUGAAUGUGAACACAUCCUAAUAAAGCUGAUUCAGAUUCUGAUGAUAGAGCUCUUCUUCUUUCAUCUUUGAAUGUACUUAUUGUCCUGUAAAACAGCUCUGACCGGUCAGACAUCCGUGUUGUUUAAUUCUCUGUAUUCUCGUCCUUUCUAUCUUUUAUACGACGUUAUGAGCUCGCGGAGGUGGGCGUGGUCAGCUCAGCUGCAGAGGGGGAGGUGGGGGAGCGGCGUCAGGGACAGCUAAUUGUCACAGCUGUGUCCUGUUGACUAAUUGUGCUGAGACCUGAGGCCGCCACACACACCUGAGCCACGGCAGUCAGAGACUUCCUCGUUACGUGGACCAACAGACGGGUGAGACGCUGUGUGUGUGAGCAAUACGUUACUUAACCAAGGAGCUCUCUGAGUCUCUUAUUUGACCUUUUCUUUGUAUUUUAUUCUUUUUUUUUCAUGUAAAUCUUUAUUGGCAAGAGAUUUUAAACAUUAAAUAAUAACAGUGACAAAAAAACUGCUUGUGAAAUUAAUUCCCACGUUGCCAUAAUUCAGUCCUGUUGGAUUUAUUUGCAGCUCCGGUCUGAUUCAGCUGUUUUGAGUUUUGUCCAUUUCCCCCCAGAAGAUUUCUUCAACAAUUUCUAACCACUGAUCUUUACCAGUGGGGACAUUACCCCCAAUUCUUUAUAAUAACUUAUUAUUAACAGUAUUUUAAGAUAAAGAGCCAAACUACGCAGAGGGAAGAAAGAAACUGAGUUGACAGCAGCAGAGAUCAUCUCAUUUUGCUUCAUGUUGUUUUUCAGCUCUGAACAUCAUUCUGUAGUUUAACAUCUUCACACUGACUACUUUAAAUCUUUCAUAUUUAAUGUUUACAUUUCUAUAUAAUUUAAGAUGCAGUUACUGUAAAGCUGUUAACGGCGUUGGCGAACAGGGAAAGGACCCAAAUGCAGACAGAGGAGGCCGAGCGACGACUUGAGUGGUUUAUUAAGCGCUUACUGGCAGACGAGACAAAACCAACAUAGCAACGCGGACAAACGACAAAGAGCAAAGGAAGGACGCAGAUGUAAAUACACUGAGGUGGAUCUCAGCCUUCGUCUGCAACACUUUUCAUCCAGCAGCAUCCAACAAACACUGACGGUGACAUCAUGGGGUUCCAUCCAGAAUUUGAGCGUGCGGGUCAGAGGGCGGGGCUUCAGGUGUGGCGGGUGGAGAACAUGGAGCUGGUUCCUGUUCCUGAGAGUCUGUACGGAGGGUUCUACAAUGGAGACGCUUACCUGGUUCUCCACAGCACACAGAAAAGCAGAGGAACCAUGCAGUAUGACCUGCACUACUGGCAAGGUUCAGAGUGCUCUCAGGAUGAGAGUGCCGCGGCGGCCAUCUUUGCGGUGCACAUGGAUGACUUCCUGCAGGGGGCACCGGUCCAGUAUCGUGAAGUCCAGGGCCACGAGUCCCGUACCUUCACAGGGUACUUCAAAACCGGACUCAAGUACCUGAAAGGGGGUGUGGCCUCCGGGUUCAAACACGUGGUGACCAAUGAUGUGGAGGUUCAGCAGCUGCUGCAGGUCAAAGGUAGAUGCGUCGUCAGGGUGACGGAGGUUCCUGUCAGCUGGGAGAGCUUCAACCAGGGAGACAGUUUUAUACUGGACCUGGGAGAGGAAAUCAUCCAGUGGUCUGGUUCCCAUAGCAACCGCUUUGAGAAGCUGAAGGCCACCAUGGUGUCUAAGGGUGUCCGUGAUGACGAGCGGUGUGGGCGGGCCAAGCUGUUGAUCUGUGAUGAGGGGGCGGAGCCAGAGAGGAUGCUGGAGGUGAUGACACAUACACCACAUGUUGUAGACAGUAAAUUGUUCCUUCAGUCAGUGAUGAUUCCCAACCAGGUGUUCAUGCACCCUCAGAAGUACUUCUGCAGUUACCUGGAGGUUCUCGGGGAGAAGCCGGAGCUGCCUGAAGCUCACAGUGACGACACCAAGAUGGACACCUCCAACAGGAAACUGGCACAACUGUACAAGGUGUCCAACGCAGACGGUGACAUAGAGGUUACCAUGGUAGCAGAGCAGAAUCCGUUCUCCCAGGAUGCUUUGCAGUCCAGCGAGUGUUUCAUCCUUGAUAACGGAGCCAACGGACGCAUCUUCGUCUGGAAAGGUAAGGAUGCAAACACUGAGGAGCGUCGUGCUGUUCUGAAGAGCUCAGAGCAGUUCAUCCACAAGAUGAAGUACCCAACAUACACGCAGGUUCAGGUCCUUCCUGAACACGGGGAGACUCCGCUCUUCAAACAGUUCUUUAAGGACUGGAGGGACCCCGACGACACUGUCGGCAUGGGAACAGCCUAUGUAUCCAAUCAGAUCGCAAAGAUAGAGAAGGUUCCGUUUGACGUGUCAAAGCUCCACCAAUCAGAAGCCAUGGCAGCGCAGCACGGGAUGGUGGACCGAGGAGACGGAGAGAAACAGAUCUGGCGUAUUGAAGGAUCAGACAAGGUUCGAGUGGCUCCGUCAGUCUUUGGUCAGUUCUAUGGAGGAGACAGUUACAUCAUCCUGUAUCGGUACCAACACAAGAGACGUGGUCACAUCGUGUACAUGUGGCAGGGGGCGGAGUCUAGCCAGGAUGAGGUUGGAGCGUCAGCCAUCUUGGCUGUCCAGCUGGAUGAUGAACUGGGAGGGGGUGCUGUACAGGUGCGUGUGGUUCAGGGAAAAGAGCCCGCCCACCUCAUGAGCCUGUUUGGGGGCCAACCAAUGGUGGUCUACAAGGGCGAGACUUCCAGAGAGGGCGGCCAAUCAGAGGUGGCAGACACCCACCUGUUCCAGGUUCGAGCCAAUCCAGCGGGAGACACCAGAGCUGUGGAGGUGGAUCCGUCCUCCUCCAGUCUGAACUCCAGCGACGUCUUCCUCCUGGUCGUCUCCUCUGGAUCCUGGAUGUGGAGAGGGAGGGGCAGUAGCUCAGCUGAAGCCCAGGGAGCUGAGCACCUGGCUGGACUCCUGCAGGUGACCCCCACCCCACUGGAGGAGGGGGAGGAGGAAGGUGAGGGCGGCGAUGCAUUCUGGGAUGCGUUGGGGGGGCAGGAGGACUACUGUCGCUCCCCCCGGCUGAAGAACAAGAUGGAGGCUCAUCCUCCUCGCCUGUUCGCCUGCUCCAACAAGACCGGAAACUUCCUGAUGGAGGAGGUUCCAGGUCAGCUGACGCAGGAUGACCUCGCUCCUGAUGAUGUCAUGAUCUUGGAUACUUGGGACCAGGUGUUUGUUUGGAUCGGAAACGAGGCUCAUGAGGAGGAGAAGACGGAGGCGGCGGCUUCAGCUGUCAGGUACAUUGAGAGCGACCCGGCCGACAGAGACCCUCGUACCCCCACCGUCACGGUCAAACAGGGAUUUGAACCCCCGACCUUCACCGGCUGGUUCCUGGGCUGGAACCACGAGUACUGGACCGUCGACCCACUGGAGCGAGCCACCGAAGGCCUGAGAGUGUGACAUCACUUCCUGUUUAAACAUCACGAAGGAGCUCUGCGUCUCACUGCUUUAUUCUAAUAAAUAAAACCUGUCUGUCUGUC